UUCUAUUCACGCAUUAAUUCACGACGUUUCUCGAAAAAUAUGAAUUAGAGUUGUCUGCCGUUAGCCGAUAUUAGUAAAAGUCUGCUACUUUAAUAGCUGUAGAGGUAACAUAUAAGUUAAUAUUAGUGUGAAAAAUAGUGCUAUGCAUGGUUAAUAGUUAAUUUAAUAAAUAAGAUCUUAGUAACAAUCGUGAAGCCUUGAACUACAUCUAUUUGUGGUGAUUAAAAAACGCCGAUCAUUGGUCACCUCGUGUUAACGUUGGGACUUUAAGAUGGCCAAAUGGGGAGAAGGUGAUCCUCGGUGGAUCGUGGAAGAACGCCCCGAUGCAACAAAUGUGAAUAAUUGGCAUUGGACCGAGAAAAACGCAGGACCGUGGUCGAAAGAUCAGUUAAAAGAGUUGCUGAAUAAUUUGAAGAUAGCGCAAAAUGGCAUAGAUUGUAAGAUAACUGAAGUAGAAAAGAUAGAUGGUGAGGCCACUGCAAAUAAUAGGAAAGGGAAAUUAAUAUUCUUUUAUGAGUGGGACAUAAAAUUGAAGUGGGAAGGCUUAUUGGCUGGUGCCAAGGAUAAAGUGAAGGGAGAGAUCCAUAUCCCGAAUUUGUCUGAAGAAAAUGAUGUCAGUGAAGUAGAUAUGACUGUCACAAUCAAAGGCAGUGGUGACGAAGCACAGAGAGUUAAAGCUUUUAUGCAUAAUGUUGGAAGAGAUGAGAUUCGUAAGCAAUUGAAAGAGUAUAUAAGAAGCUUGAAAGAGGAAUUCUCAAAGGGCUUAAUCCUGCCAAAGAAAGGUGAGGCCCCAGUAAAACCAGACAAUGUCUCAACCAUUACAAGUGGAUUCAACAAAAAAAUUAACAUGGAGCCGGUAGUUACUUCCCAGAAUAAACAAGUUGGUUGUAAAUUAGACACUAAAUCUAUUGAAUUAUCGGAGUCUUUCCAAUGUCGAGCUCAUGAAUUUUAUGAUGCUAUGACACGAAUAGAAAUGGUGACUGCUUUCACCCAAGGUCAUGUGAAGAUGGAAGCAGAGAAAGGUGGCAAGUUUUCAUUGUUUGGUGGUAAUGUUAGUGGAGAAUUCCGAGAACUAGUGCCAGGGAAGAAAAUUGUACAGUACUGGAGAUAUAAACAGUGGCCUGAUCAACAUUUCUCUGAAGUCACUUUUAAUAUAGAAGAAAAGGAUGAUCAUACGUUAGUAACUCUGAAGCAGGAUCUUGUUCCAGCAACAGAGGUUGAUCAAACACGUGACAACUGGAGGCGGUAUUACUUUGACAGCAUUAAGCGGGCAUUCGGAUUUGGUGCCUUCCUGUGAUCUGAAGAUGGCUUAGAGAAAUUAGGUUGAAUUGUAUCACUGCUAACACAUUGAAGACAAUUUUUAUUGGAACAUAUGCAACAUUAAUUCGUACACUUAAUAAGACUUUGUGAUUUGGAAUCCAUUUUUUUUUCAAAACACACUCGCUUUAGUAUUUGUAUACAUUUAAAGCGUAAAAGAAUAGGUAUAAACAUGUCUCAUUGCUUUAUUAGCUAAUGCAUUGUGAAACAGAUUAAUCUAUGGAUUUUUCAAUAAAUUAUGUUAGGAAGCAAA